AUGGGGAAUAAGCAUGUAUUUUGGGCUUCUAAUGGCCUUUUAGAUUAUCUAACGAGUAUUUUAGGUGGUUAUUAUACUGAACAGGCUUUAGUAAAAGAUGUGUUGUAUCGUGAUUGUUUUGCCUGUUUAGUGCCUAUUCUGAUGCAAUCGGGCAUUCAUUUGGUCUGUAGCUUGUAUCCGUUUGUGAUGCAGAGGCGGCGACGACGAGUAAGAGAGGCCCGGGGAAUGGUUAAGUACGUGCGAGGGAGUGGAGGUCGGCAUCAGAUUAAACGGGUUAAGUUGCAUGCUAUGCCAGUACCGGCCCGAGCUUUGGCUUUGGCCUUGCGUGAGCAUUUGGAGUAUCGCGCGGAACGAGUGGAGAAGUUAGUUAUUCUUUUGAUGAUGGCUGGUUUAGCUGUAGUAGCGGUGGUUUCUAAACUGGUGAUGUAUGAGGCACUUAAGUAUACGACUUUUACUACCUUAGGGAUUGUGCGGUCCUUUAGGUUAUUCCCGGUUUCUUUGACUUCUGGGCACUGGAAUGGCCAUCGACCGGCUGGGAAGAAGGUAGCUGUUAUGGCGGCAACUAUGGGGAUCUUUAUUUACAUCUUCUCGCCGGAAGAACGGGUGGAGAACAUUCACUUUCUAAAGAAUAUCUUACCGGGUCGGAAACCAAACUUAAUGACGGCUGAGGAUAAACAGCGACUGAUUAGAUCGGGUUUGAGGUUUUUGGAAUGGACAGAUAUGAUUAAUCGGCCGAAAGCAUCUUUAGGAUCCCAGCCUUUUUAUCUUAUGCCUUACUAUCUUAUCAAGCAAGUCUGUGGAGUUAGAAAGAGUAAGUUGGGUCUUGGUUUAGGUCGAGUAAGUAGGGAGGAUGAAAACCAGGUUAGGAAUGAUGAAUGUUUAGCCCGAGUGAGUUACACUCCUGACCAAAUAGUGGCUCUGUCCUUGGAAGAGCAGUUUAUUGUUCAAUUACUAGCGGGUGAAGUGCCUAAACAGCACUUGAACUUAUCACCGCAUAUUUACUCGCGGUUGCACUACCGGGGACUCUUAGCGGUUAUGCAGGGAUCUCAGCACGAAGAUCCUCGAGUGGUAGAGAUUCUAACACGAGUAAGUAGUGGUCGUAAGGACCCACAAACGGAACGGGUUGUUAAUGCCCUCUCUAUCUCUCUUUUACGGAUUAUUUGUACCGGUCCCAACAUUCUUCUCUUCAAAGCAUAUCUUGAGAAGAAGAAGAUCUUAGCGGCUAUACUACUAGCUCUUAAUUCCUGGCUAGAAGUUGCUUUAGAAGCCGGAUUAGUGGUUCUAUUCAAAAUGUAUCAUAUUGAGUACGGGUGUAUUUCUUAUGGAGUCAACUUAAUUUCAGUCUUACUGACCUAUGCCUUUUUAGUCCUGUAUGGGUACUCUCCAGGGGAUAUGUAUGCUUGUGUUACUAGAGAUAGGAUUUUAUCCUCUCUAUUUGGCUCAUUAUCUCGGUUCUUUUCCUAUCAAGAUGGGGAUAGGAACUAUCCAGUUUUACGCACUAGUCUACAGAUUGGACGUAAGUUCUUUUCCUUAUUAAUGUCCACUAUCUUCUUUCGGCAUGAUUUCAAUGUUGGCCACUGUAUUGGUAUUUUACUAAUGUUUAUUGGGUCUAUUAUGAAUGUAGGCCUUCAUUCCGUACUUCUUUCGCGUUGGACAUUCAGUGGCCAUCUCAAACGAAGGUGUGCUUAA